AUGGGGUUUGCUGAACAUCUAAUCAACAUGAUCAGGAGAUUGAUUGCAAACAAUUGGUACUCAGUAUUAUUAAAUGGUCAGGCUACAGCACAAGUCUUAUCUAGGGCUUUGAACUCAUUGUUUGAAGAUAUCAGAUAUAUUGGGUAUGGGAUGCCAAAGUGGACCAAUCCUAUGAAUCAUUUAGCCUAUGCUGAUGAUACUAUUAUUUUUACAUCUGCUUAUUCCCUGAAAUGUAUCAUGAAUAUUCUGAGUAAAUAUGAGCAGAUGUCUGGUCAGCUGAUCAACAAGGGUAAGAGUUCUUUCUAUAUGUAUAGUAAGAUAGGCAAUGAAUUGAUUCAGGAAGUGGGUGAUUGUACUGGAUUUGCAAAGGGUCAAUUUCCAUUCACUUAUUUAGGUUGUCCUAUCACUCAUACCAGGAAAAAGAAGGUUUUUUAUUCUGAUCUAAUUAAGAAGGUAAAAAGCAGGCUGCUUGCUUGGAAAGGAAAACUGCUUUCUUAUGGUGGUAAGGCUGUCUUGAUUAAGACUGUAUUGCAAAUCAUGCCUAUUCAUCUUCUAUCAGUAAUUGCCCCUCCUAAAUGUGUUUUACAUGAGCUUCACAAACUAUUUGCUAAAUAUUUUUGGAGUAAUAAGGAAGAAAGGAAAAGUAGGCACUGGGCAGCAUGGACAUCAUCGACAAUGUGGACCAAUUACAGGUGGAAUAAGUACUGCAAGAAACAUAUUCCUACUCUAGUACAAUGGAAGGGAGGAACACAGGUGUGGAAGAAAAUGCUGGAAAUGAGAGAUGCUAUUGAACAUGAAAUAUAG